AGGCUCGGGAGCAGCCAGGAUGGGCUCAAGGAGGAGGAGCUUGGCUCUCACAUUUCCAUCGGAGUGAGACCUCUAACCCGUUUAAGUAGCUCCCGGGUGUGCACAGGCUGCGCGCCUUUGCUGAUCCACACACGUUAACCUAGAGCAAAAGCUAUGCAAGGCGGUUGAAUCCAUGUUGUUUAUAGAUCGACUAGCUGGGCGGCCCGAUCCCAACGCGUGCCUCCCCACCUUCUCAGCAUCCUUCCAGAAGUAGAAGGAAAAAAGGGAGAAGCCCUAACACGCUCAACUUUUCCUCCGGCCGCGAAGAAGAGGCGUCAACAUGGAUGAAAAGGAGAUGUGUGCGUGUCCAAACGAAGCCGACGAAGCGUUGUAAAGAUGAUAACUUAGCCGCUAGCUUGAGCUGUUGUUAGCGUGCGAGGAAAAGUUGGCGAAGAAGUCACAAGUUGUUGGCCAUGGCGAGCGGAGUGGCUUCCAAAGUCAAGAGGCCGAGGAAGAAGAAAAGCAAAGAGUACAAAACCAGAACCGUGCACUCUAACAUUCUCUACGAGCACGCCAAGGGGGAGGAGAACCCGAACCGACACUACGCUGACAACAAGAUCAAGACCACCAAGUACACCCUGCUCUCCUUCCUGCCCAAGAACCUCUUCGAGCAGUUUCACCGCUUUGCCAACGUCUACUUUGUCUUCAUCGCCUUGCUCAAUUUUGUCCCGGUUGUCAACGCCUUCCAGCCCGAACUAGCCCUGGCCCCGGUCGUCUUCAUCCUGUCCGUCACUGCAAUCAAGGACCUGUGGGAGGACUACAGGAGACACAGGUCCGACAAGGAGAUCAAUCACAUGGAUUGUCUGGUGUACAGCAGAGUGGAGCGCCGCUACGUGGAGAAGUUUUGGAAGGAGGUGCGGGUGGGCGACUUCAUCCGGCUGAGGUGCAACGAGAUCCUGCCGGCCGACGUCCUGCUGCUGAGCUCCAGCGACCCCGACCGCCUGUGUCACAUUGAGACGGCCACGCUGGACGGAGAGACCAACCUCAAGCAGAGGCAGGUGGUCCGCAGCUUCUUUGACUUGGAUUGCGAUUUCGACCCGUCCAAGUACAGCAGCGUCAUUGAGUGUGAGAAGCCUAACAACGACCUCAACCGAUUCCGAGGAUACAUAAUCCACCAGAGCGGCCAAAGGGACGCGCUUUCCAAAGACAACCUGCUGCUGAGAGGCUGCACCGUCCGUAACACGGAGGAGGCGGUGGGCAUCGUCAUCUACGCAGGUCAUGAGACCAAAGCCAUGCUGAACAACAACGGCCCUCGCUACAAGCGCAGUAAGCUGGAGAGGCAAAUGAAUGUGGACGUCUUCUGGUGUGUCAUCAUCCUGCUGGUCAUGUGCUCCUUUGCUGCUGUCGGUCACGGGCUGUGGAUGUUUCAGUAUGGAGAUAAGAGGCCCGUCUUUGAUGUCCUCAGUCCAGAGGGGACAGACUUAUCGCCAGUCUUGUCGGCCAUAUAUCUCUUCCUCACCAUGAUUAUCGUCUUCCAGGUGCUGAUACCCAUCUCGCUUUUUGUGUCCAUCGAGAUCGUGAAAAUCUGCCAGGUGUACUUCAUCCACCAGGACGUGGAUCUGUACGAAGAGGAGACCGACUCCCACCUGCAGUGCCGGGCCCUCAACAUCACAGAGGACCUGGGGCAGAUUCAGUACAUUUUUUCCGACAAGACGGGCACGCUGACAGAAAACAAGAUGGUGUUCCGACGCUGCAACGUGGCGGGCGUGGAGUACUCGCACGAUGCAAACGCUAGAAGACUGGCUAUGUACCAGGAGCUGGACUCCGAGGAGGACGAGUGCACGUCUCACGGCGGCACCCUGCCCAGACGAGACAGCGUGAGCAGCCACCAGAGCGUGCGGGCAGUGCUGCGCUCCCAGAGCACCAAAUCCCACCGCAGGACAGGCAGCAGGGCGGAGGCCAAGAGAGCCAGCAUCCUGUCCAAACACACGGCCUUCAGCAGCCCCAUGGAGAAAGAUAUCACGCCCGACCCGCAGCUGCUGGACAAAGUCAACGAAUGUGGCAGUCAGAUGGACUUCAUGCGCUUCCACAGCCAGCCCAUGUCCCAGCUGCCCUCUGACCUCUCUGACAUCAUCGACUUCUUUAUCGCGCUCACCAUCUGCAACACAGUGGUGGUGUCCUCCCCUGACCAGCCUCGCCACAAGGUCCGUAUGAGGUUCGAGCUCAAGUCCCCGGUGAAGACCAUCGAAGACUUCAUAAAGCGCUUCACGCCGAGCCGCCUGACCUCGGGCUCCAACAGCAGUAGCUCUUCAAGCCUCAACCGAUCGUCCAACAGAGGCUGUUCCAGCGUGCUGUCCUCCCCCUCAGCCGAGAGCACCCUCACCAAACUGGAGGAGGAGGCAGCGGCAGUGGCGGCGGCUCACGGGGGCCUGGAGAAUGCCUUCAGCCCAGUGCCGCCCUCCUACGACGGGAAGCCCCAGGGUGCGGACCUCCGCUAUGAGGCAGAGUCGCCGGACGAAGCGGCGCUGGUCUACGCCGCCAGGGCCUACAAGUGCUCCCUGGUUGGACGCCUCCCGGACCAAGUCACCGUAGACCUGCCCCACCUGGGGAAGCUGAACUUUGAGUUGCUGCACACUUUAGGCUUUGACUCCACCAGGAAGCGCAUGUCUGUGGUGGUGAAACACCCUCUGACCGACCAGAUAACCGUCUACACCAAAGGAGCCGACUCUGUCAUCAUGGACCUCAUCAAAACCCCCAACACAGGCAACUCCAAAGGAAAACGUCAAAAGAAGAUAAUCUGUCGGACCCAGAACUACCUGAACCUGUAUGCCGCAGAUGGCCUUCGCACGCUCUGCAUUGCAAAAAAGAUCCUGACUAAGGAGGAAUACGCCUGCUGGUUGCAGCGCCACCUGGAGGCCGAGACAGCCAUCCAGGGACGAGAGGAGCUGCUGUUUGAGUCGGCUUUACGCCUGGAGACAAACCUCCAUCUCUUGGGCGCGACAGGAAUCGAGGACCGUCUACAGGACGGCGUGCCCGAAACCAUCGCUGCCCUGCGGAAGGCCAGCCUGCAGAUAUGGGUGCUGACGGGCGACAAACAGGAAACGGCUGUCAACAUUGCGUAUGCCUGCAAGUUGCUGGACCCCGAGGAGGAGAUCUUGACUCUGAAUGCUGAUUCCAUGGAGGCGUGCUCCUUGCUGCUGGAGGAGAGCUUACACUACAUCCAGGCCAAAUUCCUCUGCAGCUCUGCCGACCGCGCCUUCCACGCCAACAACUUCGCCCCCUUGCCGAUCUACCCGUCUCCUUCCUCGUCCUCCCACGCCAUGCCCUUUGUCGUGCACCGCCUGGGCCUGGUCAUCGACGGCCGCACUUUGGCCUACGCCCUGGACAAGAGCCUGGAGGACAAGUUCCUGGCGGUGGCGCGCAGCUGCCGUUCGGUGCUCUGCUGCCGCUCCACGCCGCUGCAGAAGAGCAUGGUGGUGAAGCUGGUGCGCAACAAGCUGAAAGUCAUGACGCUGGCCAUCGGUGACGGGGCCAAUGAUGUCAGUAUGAUCCAGGUGGCCGACGUGGGCGUGGGUAUUUCAGGACAGGAGGGCAUGCAGGCAGUCAUGGCAAGCGACUUUGCCCUCCCGCGUUUCCGCUAUCUCCAGAAGCUCCUGCUGGUGCACGGACACUGGUGCUACUCCCGCCUGGCCAACAUGAUCCUGUACUUCUUCUACAAGAACGCCAUGUUCGUAGCGCUCAUCUUCUGGUAUCAGUUCUACUGCGGCUUCUCGGGUUCGGCCAUGAUUGACCAGUGGUAUCUUAUCUUCUUCAACCUGAUGUUCUCCGCCUUCCCGCAACUCAUCACUGGCACUCUGGACAAAGACGUGUCGGCCGAGACUCUCCAGCAACUACCUCAGCUUUAUGUCAGCGGACAGAACUCGGAGGAAUACAAGCCAUACAUGUUCUGGAUGAACAUGAUUGACGCCUUCUACCAAAGUCUCGUCUGCUUCUUCAUUCCUUACUUUGCCUACGCCGACUCUGACGUGGAUCUGUUUACGUGGGGGACCCCCAUCACCACGCUGGCGGUGUUCACCAUCCUUCUGCACUUGGGCAUCGAGACCAAAACCUGGACAUGGUUGAACUGGCUGUCCGUCUCCGUCAGCGUGGCGCUGUUCUUCACGGUGGCGCUGUGCUACAAUGCCUCCUGCCCCACCUGCUACUCCCCUUCCAACCCAUACUGGACCAUGCAGAGGCUGCUCCAGGACCCGACCUUCUACCUGCUCUGCCUCAUCACACCUGGAGCUGCACUGCUGCCCAGAUAUUUCUACCGGGCGUGUCAAGGCACGCUGUUCCCCAGCCCGGUCCAAGUCGGACGCCAGCUGGACAAACUCCCCGCUGAAACCCGCAAGAACAUCCUGAGCCUGAGCAGGGUUAGGGUAGGGUUGCAGCAGGGCCCCAAGCCAAAGCCAAAUUCUCCAAAGGGGGGCCACGAUAGAGACCGGGGGGCCAUCACACCGAAAGAGGAGAAGGAGCGGAGGAGACCGGAGCAGGGUCUGCCGUCUCCUCACACGUUACUUCCAACAGAGAUGGACACUUUUCUUUACGCCAAAGGGGCACCGCCCCCACCCGCCAAAGACCCCCGGCUCCUGGACGAGACGUUCGAGCGGCCCGACGCCAGCCUGUCCGUACGGAUCGCACGGGCGGACAGCGGCUCGCGGUGCGUCACGUACACGAGGAGCACAGAGGACAGACUCAAAUGCGAGCCCCCCGUGUGACAUGCUGACCCCACCCCCCUAUUUGCACGAUUUGUAUUUUUCAGAGAUUAUUUUAUAGAGGAUGCAAAUUGGUACUUUUUUACGGAUGCCUCAAAGCUAACUUUAUUUUGGGAGUUUUACAAACUGGAUUGUCUUCCCAGGAAAGCUUUCAUUUGUGAGUUUGACACAAGAGCAUCUCAGUACUGGUCAGGUCUGAAAGAGGCACAGUUCACCUUCUGCCGCUCAAGUUUGUGCAACAGCGGCCUUGAUUGUGCGUUUUUUUUUGUUGUUGUUGUUUUUUGUUUGUUUUUUUUUU